AUGGGGCUUAAUGUGGGAUAUGAACAAAUGAAGAGCAACUUACUAGGGAUGGAUCCUCUCUUACCAGUGAACAAAGCCUACAACUUGGUGCUGAAAGUUGAGAAACAUAAGCAAAUCACUGGUGAAAUGAGUAUUGGUAAUGAGAUGAGUGUUCUAAAUGUCAACUGGCAGGUGGAGUAUCUAGGACCAUUGAAGGAUUUUCAGAGAAAGGAUUACAAGAGGAUGAAAAUGGAGAAGGAUGCAAAGAAAUGUGAUUAUUGUGGUAUGAAGGGACACUUAAAGGUUGAGUGUUUCAAUCUGAAUGGUUAUCCAGAGAGAUUCAAGAAUGCAAAGCCAAGAAACUUUCAAAGACAAGCUGCAAAUGUUGUGAAGGAAGAAACUGAAAGGGAAACUAGGACACCUUUUGAGGGAAGCAGCUUUCAAGAAGAGAACAAUGAGAUGAAGGAUGAUGGCAAGAUGAUCUCAGCUGUUGUUCAAGAAGUCAUGGAAGCUCUAGGAAAAAAUGCAAUUGCUUAUAGCAACUUUGCAGAUAACAAAGUCAUGAAGUUUAUGUUUGAUAAAAAUGGAUGUUAUGUACAGGACCUUACCAAUGAGCAAAUCAUAGCUCAUGGAAGGAACCAUCAUGACCUGUAUGUGCUGGAUGUAAAAAAGAAGGAAGCUAAGAAGGAUCUUUGUGCUAGGAGAGCUGGAAAAUUGUUGGCUGCAGGAGCAAUGAAGGAUAAUGACAAGAAUCUAAGUUUACUUCAUGCUAGGUUAGGUCAUGUGUCAUUAUCUAAGAUCAAACAUUUGAAGUUUUGUGAUUGUAAAGGUUUGAACAACUAUUUUUGUGACACUUGUUCUGUAUCUAAACAUCACAAGUUACCUUUUAUGCCAAGCUCUUCUAUUGCUGAAAAUAUUUUUGAUAUGAUACAUGUGGACCUAUGGGGUCUAUACAGUGUGAAAGUUGUGACAGGGGCUUCAUAUUUCCUUACUAUUGUGGAUUAUCACUCUAGAGUGACAUGGACACAUUUGAUGUCUAAUAAAGAACAGGUUAAAACAAUCAGAUUUGAUAAUGGAACAGAGAUUUUUCAGCAAGAAUGUGGGAAAAUUCUAGCUGAGAAAGGGAUUGUUCACCAAAGUAGUGUUGUAAGAAGGCCACAACAAAAUGGAAGAGUGGAAAGAAAACAUAGAUUUCUUCUAGAGACUGGAAGAGCUCUCAAAAUUCAUGCCAAUCUCCCUGAUCAUUUAUGGGGUGAGUGCAUACUGACAGCUACAUACCUCAUAAAUCUAUUACCUAGCUCAGUUCUCAACUGGGAAACACCUUACAAAAGGCUGAUGAAAAAAGAUGCUCAAUAUGGGCAUCUAAGGGAUAAAAGAGAUCAUGUAGAUUUUAUAAACAGGUUCAUGAAUGCAGCAGAUGAAGAUUAUGCUAGUGAGGGUGUAGAAGAGACUACAUUGGAUAUACAUCCAAGAGAAGAAGAAGAAGAGUUGAUGCAGCCUGAGGUUAUAGAGAAUGAUGCGCUUGAUCAACAAGUGUACCAACAACAAUCUCACACAAUUGCUGAGAGAGCAAGACCUGCAAGGCAGAGAACUUUACCUGAAAAGUUCAAAGACUACUAUGUUGUGAAUCUCCCAGAUAUACAUGGUUCUUAG